CCAAGCGAGUGGGCUACCGGGUCGGGGUUGUUUUAGGCUCGAGUGUUUUGGCGAUGGGACUGCGGGAGGUGUGGAGACUCAUGUCGAGGUUUAAUUCAUCCAAAAGGACUAAUAUCAUACUGCAGCAUUUGAGAAUGUCUAAGCACACAGAUGCAGCAGCAGAAGUCCUAUUGGAAAGAAAAGGUUGUGCAGGAGUGAUAACACUGAACAGACCAAAGUUCCUAAAUGCACUGAAUCUUAGUAUGAUUCGGCAGAUUUAUCCACAGCUAAAGAAGUGGGAACAAGAUCCGGAAACUUUCCUGAUCAUCAUAAAGGGAGCUGGUGGAAAGGCUUUCUGUGCUGGAGGUGAUAUCAGAGUGAUCUCAGAAGCUAGAAAGGCAAAUCAGAAGAUAGCUCAAGAUUUCUUCAGAGAAGAAUAUAUGCUGAACAAUGCUAUUGAUUCCUGCCAGAAACCAUAUAUUGCACUUAUUCAUGGAAUUACAAUGGGUGGGGGAGUUGGUCUCUCAGUUCAUGGGCAAUUCCGAGUGGCUACUGAAAAGUCUCUUUUUGCAAUGCCAGAAACAGCAAUAGGGCUAUUCCCUGAUGUGGGUGGAGGUUAUUUCUUGCCACGACUUCAAGGAAAACUUGGGUGCUUCCUUGCAUUAACAGGAUUCAGGCUGAAAGGAAGAGAUGUGUAUACAGCAGGCAUUGCUACACACUUUGUAGAUUCUGAAAAGUUGGGCAUGUUAGAAGAAGAUUUGUUAGCCCUGAAAUCUCCUUCAAAAGAAAAUAUUGCAGAUGUCUUAGAAACUUACCAUGCAAAGUCCAAGAUUGAUCAAGACAAGUCUUUUAUACUUGAGGAACACAUGGACAAAAUAAACAGUUGGUUCUCAGCCAAUACUGUGGAAGAGAUUAUUGAAAAUUUACAGCAAGAUGGUUCAUCUUUUGCCCUAGAGCAGUUGAAGGUAAUUAAUAAAAUGUCUCCAACAUCCCUAAAGAUCACACUAAGGCAACUCAUGGAGGGGUCUUCCAAGACCUUGCAGGAAGUAUUAACUAUGGAAUAUCGGCUGAGUCAAGCUUGUAUGAGAGGCCAUGACUUUCAUGAAGGUGUUAGGGCAGUUUUAAUAGAUAAAGACCAGAGUCCGAAGUGGAAACCAGCUGAUCUAAAAGAAGUUACUGAUGAAGCUUUGAAUAAUCACUUCAAAUCUCUGGGAAGUAAUGAUUUGAAAUUUUGAAGAGACUGGAUUUUUAAAGUAUUAUUUUGGAGCAGAGUUGGCAAACUAUGGCACAUGGGCCAAAGCCAACCUGCUGCCUUUUUUUUUUUUUUUCAUAUAUCCCUCAGCUAAGAAUGGUUUCUGCAUUUUUAAAUGGUUGGAGAAAGAAAUCAAAGACCUGUAUUGCAUGGCAUGUGAAAAUUACAUGAAAUUCAAAUAUCAUUGUCCAUAAAUAAAACUUUAUGGGAACAUGGCUUUACUCAUCUGUUGACAUAUCUGUGGCUCCUUUGAGUAGUUGCAGUAGAGAUUAUAAGGCCUGCAAAGCCUAAAAUAUUUACUGUCUGGUCCUUUUCAGAAAAAUUUUGCCAGCCCUAUUUUAAAAGAUGGGAAAAUUUGAAGGUCUUAGAUUCUUGAGUUAGUAUAUCUAAUUGAAAUGGGAACUUUAUGUUUUGGCUUAGGGUAUUGGUUUUUAAUGUUGAUUAAGUAAACUUUUGUAUAGGUUAUAAAAAAUAAAAACUGAAAUUUUUUUGGA